GAAGGAAAGUGGUGGAAGAAUGUUCAAAACGAUUAGACAACUAGCUUUAUAUCAUCUCCAUAGAUAAAGUAACAGAAAGUGGCGAACAAGAGACGAACGGACUUAGAUAUAUCUAAUGGAGGCGGCUCUGUUCCUGAUUUUUUGCUUCCUAUUAUCAUUCAUUCUCCUAGCCGCCGUCAGAUCCAAACGUAGAUCAACCUUACUACCUCCGGGACCUCCAGGAUGGCCUAUCAUUGGAAACAUUCUCCAAAUAGGAAAAGCUCCACAUCGCUCACUCGCCGACCUCUCGAGAAUUUAUGGACCCGUCAUGAGUCUUAGGCUUGGAAGUUUAACCACAGUGAUCAUUUCCUCACCGGAGGCCGCAAGAGAGGUGCUUAAAACACAUGAUCAAGUCCUGUCUGGACGAAUAAUCCUCGACCCGAUUCAAUCCAUCCACCAAGAUGUCUCCAUGGCCUGGUUACCUUCAACAUCCCCUCGUUGGAGGUUAUGGAGAAAGAUAUCGGCGACUCAAAUGUUCUCCCCGCAAUGUCUCGACGCUACCAAGACAGUGCGCAUGAAGAAAGUGAAUGAACUUGUAACAUUUAUUAGUGAAAUAUGCGAAAGAGGAGAGUCCAUCAACAUUGCUCGUGCCUCCUUCGUCACAUCGCUCAAUCUAAUUUCAAACACUCUAUUUUCGACAGACUUGGGUAGUUAUGACUCAAAAAUCUCCAUGGAGCUCCAAGAAUCGGUGGUUCGUAUAAUGGAAACCAUUGGGAAACCAAACCUAGCCAACUAUUUUCCGCUUAUAGGGUUUCUUGAUCUGCAAGGUAUCCGAAAAGAGAUGAAGGUAUGCUCAGAUGUGUUGUUUCAGGUUUUUCAAGGGUUCAUCGAUGCUCGGAACAAUGAGAAAACAACGAGGAAUGAAAGUGAUCUCUUGGAUUCACUUAUGGAUUUAGUCAAAGAAAAUGGACCCGAGCUCAAAGUGAACGAAAUCAAACACUUUAUAUUUGACUUGUUUCUUGCAGGGACUGAUACGAACUCCACCACGGUGGAAUGGGCAAUGGCUGAGCUACUUCGCAACCCUAAGACAAUGGCUAAAGCUCAAGCUGAGAUGGACGAUGUGGUAGGUCUAAACGGUGUCGUUCAGGAGUCACACAUCUCGGAUCUUCCAUAUUUACAAGCAUUAGUGAAAGAGACUCUCCGUUUGCACCCACCGGGUCCACUUCUGGGACCACACAAAGCCGAGUCAAAUGCAGAGAUUUUAGGGUUUCUGGUGCCUAAGAAUGCUCAGGUUCUGGUAAACGCUUGGGCUAUAGGACGAGACUCGGGCAUUUGGGAAAACGCAGAGCAGUUCGAGCCAGAGAGGUUUUUGGUGGGACGAGAGAUUGAUUUGAAAGGUAGAGAUUUUGAGCUGAUACCGUUUGGGGCUGGAAGAAGAAUAUGUCCUGGAAUGUCUUUGGCUAUGAAGACAGUAUCUCUCAUUCUUGCUUCUCUUCUUCAUUCUUUUCAAUGGAAGCUUCAAAAUGGUGUCCUUCCUGAGGAUUUGGACAUGGACGAGAGCUUCGGUCUUAGCUUGCAUAAGGCCAACCCACUUUAUGCAGUCCCCGUCCUGAAACCUGCGAAUGGUAGUCUUUUGUAAUUUAUAUUUGCACUAUGAAGAAAAUGAAUAAAACUACCACUCUUGCAUUAUAGUAAGUCUUGGUUUGUUUUGUAUAAUAAGUAAUGAGUGAAAUUGUUAAGUUUC